CCGCAGGAGGAAGAUCACGUCUCCAGCUUUCAGACUGAGCUCAAGCCGUCCGCUGCCGCUGAAGUCGAACACAGCCUAACACACACAGCAAGGACACGCAAGCGGGAGACACACACGCAGAGGGAAAGAAAGCAAAACACAUCCUGAGUGAGAGAGAGCUGCAGCUAUCAAGAUGGCCAUGAAAAACCUUUUGAAAGAGGACGAUAUCAAGAAAGCCCUUGAUCAGUUCAAAGCUGCUGACAGUUUCGACCAUAAGAAGUUCUUUGAUGUGGUGGGGCUGAAGGCUUUGUCUGCUGAGAAUGUGAAGUUGGUCUUUCAAGCCCUGGACGUGGAUGCCAGCGGCUUCAUCGAGGAGGAGGAGCUAAAGUUUGUGCUGAAGGGCUUUUCUGCAGAUGGCAGAGAACUUACCGAUAAGGAGACCAAAGCAUUCCUCGCUGCUGCCGACAAGGACGGAGAUGGGAAAAUUGGCAUAGAUGAAUUCGAAGCUUUGGUGCACGAAUAAACCGUUAAUAUAUGGCAACCCUUCACACCACUACUCUCCUGUGAAUAACUUCAGCCAAUCGUAGUGUACAUCUCUACACAUCAUGCCACGAGCCAGGAGCAGAAUACACCUCCCUUAACUACAUUUAUUUAUUUACUUUUUCUUUUUAUAUACAGGAUCAGUCUGUACAUGUAAACCGUUUAACUGAGUUAACCAUUUCUCAUAAAACACCUGUAGAUUCCUGUUCUGCUUUCACCUCUUCUUUUCCCUUCACAUGUUUCUCUUCUUUCUUCUCUGUAUCUCUACGUGUUACUCUUUCCCUGUCACGCUCCUUUCAUGUGUUAGAGCAACUGAACACGGUGAAUUCCAGAAGAGAAGGAUGAGACGAAAUGAGAGAAAUAAAUAUUUAAGAGAGAUUAAAUAAAGUCAUGCGUUGAGAAAAAUA